GUAUUCUACGCCAAUAGGGCGCCUUCAGCUCGCGUAUGAAUACAAUGAAGGUUGUAAGGCCUAUAUGCGGGGACCGAUGCUAUAAAUGGAGACGACAUGGUGUUGAGGAUGAAAUCAUGGCCAGAGCCCAAGCGGGUACGAACGCGAGGGCGACCCAGGGUUAAUCGAAUCAAAUCUGAUCCCAUUGCCGCCUCGAGCAAUAUUACCGACUCGCAACGCUUGCCGCACAACCAAGUUGAGCACAAGUAUCGCGAGGGCAUUAAUGCUGAGCUUGAACGCCUCCGGGGAACCGUGCCAACACUGCCGCAGCGCGAUUCAAGUGAUCUAAACGGCCCGCCGAGGCCCAGCAAGGCCACCGUCUUGGCCAAUGCUAUUGACUACAUUCAGUUCCUGGAAGCAGAGUGUGGACGGCUGACCGACGACAAUGAGCGCCUUCGCGGCCCUGCACAUUGCAGACCAAGACGAAUCGAGCCCAGACUAAGCUUCAGAGCGUUGGGGGAAGAAGAGCAAGCAAACUCAAUGGACGACAGUCUGCCUUCCCGCGGCCUGACAUGUUAA